AUGCUGAGCUCCUCUGCUGCAGCUCAAAAGGGAAUGACCCCUCCGAGCCAAUCUUCACAACCCAGCCUACCUCAGCAGUUAUCUGGCCGCACGAGCUUUGAUCGAGGUGAUUCUGGUCUACAGCCUCCCAAUGGCGCCAACAAUCGCAAUCUGGGCGCCUCAGGCGGUUCCUUUGCGCCUAGGGGAAGCAGUCUCAAUGUUGCUCCAGGCAGCUUCAGCUCAGAGCUGCGCAGUCGGGCUGGGAGUAAGACAGAGGCGGGGUCGGUAUACCCGAGCAGCUUCAUGGACAAGGUAGAUGAGGACGACGCGGACACGCUAGCAGAGCAAGCUCUAGCAAAUCUUAAAGAAAGACUCAACCGCGAGAUGAAAAUUAAGGAGGGCAGCGAGAACAUGCUCGAGGCGCUGAACUCUAAGAAAGCGAAGCAGACCAAAGAGCAACGGCAGAAGGUUGAGGCAGAGCUCAACGCAAGCAACCUGCGUAUUAAAGACCUACGCCAGAAGAUCUCCGAUGCCCAGCGUACACGACAAAUACCGCCAGAUACGCCAAAACGAAACCGUACACAGAGCAAUACUAUCGACUCUGCUAGACCCGUUGGGCUGCGCUCACCGCAGAGCGUGACACGAUCCAUUGGAGAGUCCGAUGCUGAAGAGCCAACAGAAAGCCCGACUUUUGCGCUCGCUGAAUUGCUUCAAGCUCUUGAAGUGGAGGGCAUGAUGCCCGAGUACUACGUCUCACGAGGAAACCAACUGGUCGAUCUUUUCCAGCGAUACCCUACUCUCAAAUAUGACCUAGUUUGGUCGGUCUUUGGACUCCGCAUGCAGAUAAUGCUUUUGAGCGAAAGCCGCGAGGUUGUGGCUGCUGGCUAUCGAAUGACGAGAUAUGCUAUAUCCGAUGUUGCAUCGCUCAAGAAGAUUCGUAGUCUGAACACCGACUAUUUAGUAAUUCGGUCUCUGAAUAACUAUCGCAAGGCGGAUGUUGAACGGGAGCAGGCACUCAAGUUCGUCCGCGCGUUCCUUGAUGUCAAGGGUGGAGUUAAAGAGGUCUCUCGAGCUGUUGUACGCACUGUUGUUGCAGUCGCUGAGCAUGGGGAGGAUCGACGAGCAAAUGGCCAAUCGGUCGAGGGAGAUAUAGAUCGUCUACGACCUAUCUGCAUCGAGACACUGGCAGAGCUUAUUGUGCAGGAUCCAGCACUUUUGGUGGCAUCUGGUGGCUUGGGACCAUUAACUGAAGCUCUCUCAGAAGGUGUCUACAAAGCCCCCGAGAGUUUGACAUCUGCAUUCUUAUACUUGCUCGAUCACCCUCGGAAACGAAAGUACAUACAGCCAGGCUAUGGCCUCGAGGCGCUCUUCACUGUCUUUACCGACCACCUCCUCACCAACGAAACCGUUAUGAAACAGAAUUCUAAAGCCAUCGCAACAGCUUUGAAGUCAUGGCCUGGGCUGAUGACUCUGUGCAUGUACGAUCUACGAACAAUCCGGUCUUUUGUCACGAGCAUGCUAUUACCCAGCGAUGUGGUCCGCGAAACUAUUCUCGACCUUAUUUUCUCUCUUUUGCGCAUCAAGCCACCAGCAUGGGCAACAUCUUUCUUAGCAGGAAGAAGACUAACGACAUAUGGCCGAGUGGCUAAUCUAAAGUCAAACCAGAAGGACAAGAGUCAGUCGCAAUUCAUGGAAGAGGAUAGCGGCGAGCAAAAUUUCGUCGAGCACUACACAGCCCUAUUACUCGCCGUCUUUAUACGAGCAGGUCUCCUACCUAUUCUCCUGAAGAUCGCGCAAGGGGAUGAAAAUCCAACACUUCAGCGCAAAACAACCCUAUUGAUUAGCGAAGUACUCAAGCUUGCUAGUCGCCUUUUGCCUCCAUCUUGGAGUGCUGAGCUUCACUUACUACCGGAGCUCUUCUCAUCGGCGGCUAACAUUGGCAAUAACGAUCAUUGGGUAGCGUCAGGGAUCGUUUACCAAAUCAGCAGCGUCAGCCGGACAUUAUAUCGAAGCACGCCGUCGGGUGCUUUAUCAGGGGCGCUGUCGUCUGGUAACAAUAAUGCAGACUUAUCAGCACUUGAUGAAGCACCCAAGUCUCACCAAUCUCAGGUUUUUGAUGAUGCUACAUUUAGGCAACUCCUCAUUGAUAGCAACGUGCUGAACAGCUCCAACUAUGCCAAGUGGAACUGGGAAACCAUUAUCAGGAUCAUUGACGGACCUUUGCAGAGCGGCAAGCGACUCGAAGAAGCUAUCAAAGCAUCAAAAUUUAUGAAGAGAAUCAUCAGUUUCUACCGACCAUUUAAGUAUAGAUUCGCCAAUGUCAAGAACACGCGGGCCACUCAAAAGUAUGUGCGGGCUGGCUGCGCCUUGAUGCACUCGCUGCUUCAAUCUCCCGAAGGAAUCAAGUUUUUGGCGGACAGCAAAUUGCUCAGGCAGAUAGCAGAAUGCUUAGCACAAUGCGAUCCGACUAGUGGACUCACAGCCCAGUACCCCAUGUUCUCGAAAGAUCGAGUGACCGACACACUGUGCGCGGGUUACUUCUCGAUGGUUGGUGUUCUGAGUGGUGAUCCCAAGGGACUUCAGCUACUAGAACGAUGGAGGAUGUUCAACAUGAUUUAUCAUAUCAUGGAUCUAAAGCAGAGACCCGAUCUUAUCAAGCUGCUUCUUUCAAGCUUCGACUAUAGCGUCCAAGGGCAUCCCCGUGUGCUGAUCUCCAAAGCUUUGACGGCCGGUACAAAGGAUAUUCGCAUUCACGCAACAAAUGCCCUUCGCAAAUACGCGAUUCGCCCAGUACCAUCGGUCAAUGGGCAGGGUGGAGUCAGUGAUUCCAAAUGGGCUAUUCAGCUACUGGUAACGCAACUUUAUGAUCCUGAGAUUGAAGUUUGUGCAACAGCUGUCAAAAUCCUUGAGAAGGCUUGUAAUCGCAAGACCUAUCUGGAAUAUAUCGUUGAAUGUAGGCCAGCUCUUGACCAUUUAGGUGAGAUCGGAGCACCGCUUUUGUUGCGAUUCUUGUCGACCUCUAUUGGAUACCACUAUUUGGACGGAUUGGACUAUAUCAGCAAUGAAAUGGACGAUUGGUUCCUAGGACGCAACGACACUUAUGUCAAGGUCAUUGAGGCAGGUUUAGCCAAGACCUUCCUUAUGGACACAGACGAGCACAACCCCCGCAUGAGCUUAUUCAACGACGGUGAGAUCGAUGGGGAGUAUCAUGAUAGCCAUGUACCGCCGCACUUUUAUCGAGAGUUGACUCGUACCCAAGAAGGAUGUAGACUGCUCAGUGACAAGGGUCACUUUGAAGAUUUUGCAGCUACAAUCCGCGAGCACGGCAUGGAUACAGGCGAUUCAGAGAUGCUUACCAAGGUCAAGGGAUGUCUUUGGGCAGUCGGCAAUGUUGGAUCGAUGGAGCUUGGUGCCCCUUUCUUGGAGUCCAAUGAUGUGGUGGAGCAUAUCAUCAAGAUUGCCGAGCAUCACGAGGUGAUGAGUCUACGCGGAACGGCAUUCUUUGUUCUCGGCCUGAUUUCCCGGUCAACACACGGUCUAGAGAUUCUUUCUGAGAACGGCUGGGAUGCCAACACAACACCCAUGGGCAGCUCGCUUGGUUUCUGUAUACCCAACAACUUAAACAAGCUACUGUCACUGACUCCGUGGAAACAAAAGACGGUAACGUCAAUCACUUUGCCAUCGACUCAACGCACAGCCCAAGAAGCACCACCUCCUCGAGCUGCUAAGCCACCUCUUGAGCCAUCAGAGCUUCCCGCUUUGUUGAGCGACGCGGACGUAAACACGAGGGUCUUGGAACUCAUUGUGGAUCUUGGAAACAUGGUUCUCUACAAAAAGGCGCUUACGGACCUUCAAAAGCUGCGAGCGCACAAGCCAACAGCCUUCCGAAGCACCCAAUUCUUUAAAGAGGUGAUGGCUGCAAUGGAGUGGAACCACUACCGAUUGGGAGUGCGGAGGAUGGUUAUAGACCUGUUCGACAAGAACGUGAUGCGUCAAAUUGUUUUUGACGAGGAUAGCGAGGACGACGACGAUAGUAGCGAUGAUAGCGGAGAAGAGAGCGGCGAGGGCGAGAACAGUUCGGGCGACGAUAGAACGGAGAGGCAGCGCAGUAUCAGCGAGCCGUUGGCGCCGCCGCCAGAACUUGCACCUUAUCGCCCUAAUCAGUUAUAUGAGCAGGGACGGGUGCUUGUUAUCGCAGGCUCGGACAGCUCGGGCGGAGCUGGACUUGAAGCGGACCAGAAAGUCAUUGCUGCUCAUGGCUGCUAUGCUAUGACAGCAACUACAGCCCUUACUGCACAAAACACCCAGGGCGUCAAGGGCAUUCAUAUCAUACCUGCCGAAUUUGUUUCUCAGCAAAUUGAUGCCUGUGUAGAAGAUGUUGGAGUUGAUGUCAUCAAGACUGGCAUGCUCGCUUCGGCAGAGACGAUAGAGAUGGUUGGAAAGACUGUCACCAAACACAACAUCCCAUGUCUUGUGGUAGAUCCAGUCAUGGUCUCAACCUCUGGCGCAACACUGCUCCCCAAUGAAGCCAUUCAGCAUCUCUGCAAGCACCUCUUACCACACACCACAGUGCUCACCCCAAAUAUCCCUGAGGCAGUACUUAUCCUGUCUCAAAAUGGCCAAGAAGCUCCCGAGGUUCGCGACGUUCAAGAUCUUGAGACUAUCGCGAAGAGAAUCCAGCAGCUGGGCCCCAAGUGGGUGCUUGUCAAGGGUGGGCACCGUCCUAUGAAAGAAGACUUUACCGUGGCAGAGACUGAAGAGGAGAAGCAUUCUGUCUUUGACGUGCUUGUUGGAGGAAAUGAAGAAGUAAUUAGGGUGAAGAGUCCCUAUCAAGCAAGCUCCAGCACCCACGGCACGGGAUGCUCGCUAGCAUCUGCUAUCGCUUCGAAUCUGUCUAAAGGUAUUGAAACGCCCAAGGCUGUUCAAUCAGCAUGUCGAUACAUCGAGGCUGCAAUUCGCACUGCGCCAGGACUGGGCAAGGGACACGGUCCUCUGAACCACUUCCAUUCAACCUAUACUCUUCCUUUUGCUCCUGGUUACUUCAUCGAAUGGCUCCUUGAGCGCCCAGAUGUUCGUGAUGUCUGGAAGGAGUUUGUGUACCAUCCGUUUGUCAUGGCUAUGGGAGAUGGGACUCUGCCUCUCGAGUCUUUCAAAGGCUACAUCAUCCAGGACUAUCUUUAUUUGAUUCACUUCUCGCGUGCCAAUGCCCUCGCGGCUUAUAAAGCGCAGACCAUCGAGGAUAUUUCUAGAGCAACAGAAAUCGUUCAGCAUAUUAUGCAUGAGCUGAAGCUUCACACCUCAUACUGCGAGAGCUUUGGUGUCUCGCUCAAAGAGAUUCGUGCCACACCAGAGAAGCAAGCAUGCACCGCUUAUACUCGCUAUGUCCUUGACGUCGGUCAAAACGGUGACUGGCUCGGUCUUCAGAUGGCACUCGCCCCAUGCCUCCUUGGCUACGGCGCCGCGGCUAAGAUGCUUCACGACCAUGAAAAUACCGUGCGUGAGAACAACACGUAUUGGGCUUGGAUCAAGAAUUAUAACGAGGAGGAUUACACUGAUGCUGUCAAGCUGGGUUCUGCUCUGCUCGAAAAGCACAUCCAGUUCCAGUCACCUUCUCGAAUUGAAGAACUGGUGCAAAUCUUCAUUCAUGCACUCAAGAUGGAAAUUGGCUUCUGGGAGAUGUUCCCUGCUAAGCAGACAUAA